AUGCUGUCCAUUAAAGAACAUCCAAUAACGAGGCUCUUUCAAACGUUCAUCCUCGUGAAAGUCUCGCAAUUGGCAUUGGUUUACUUUACACCUGUUCAGUUCGAUACAUCAACGCAAUUACUUUUGCGUACUAGUUACCAAACAUCCAAAGAAGUGUACAUAAAUUCAUAUAACUCCGUACUAAAGCCUUUUGUCGGGUCAAUAAUAGAUAACAUAAUUGAGAAAUUGGUUGUUUGGGACGUUGUAUAUUUUGCUGAUUUAUUUGUGAAUGAGAUCAAAUAUGAACAUCAAUUUGUAUUUUGUCCAUUAUGGUGGAGAUUGAUCAAAUUAGUUAGCAAAGUGAAUAGAACGCCGACCAAUUUUUAUCAGCUGUUCAUAGUCAGUUUAUGGAUGAGUAAUAUAUUGCAUUUUGCCAGUGUCUUAAUGAUUUGGAAACUAACCAAAACUGUUUUCAACCAAUCACUGGGUAAAUUUUUCAAUAAAGAUCGAAUUUCAAUCACUAGUGGUAUAACAUAUAUAUUAUCACCAGGAGCAGGGUUUUUAACAAGCUCCUACAGUGAAAAUGCAUGCGCCUUUUUGUGUUUUACUGGAUUAUAUUUAAGAGAAAUAUCGAUGAAUUAUGAAAACUUCAAUUUGAAAAAUUCCAAGCUUUCAAUAAAAGAUUGGAGAUGCUAUUUAUUAUCAGGGAUCUUCUUUGCCAUCAGUUAUGGAAUGCGUGCCAACACAUUAUUACUCGGAAUAGUCUACUUAUACGAUUUAUACGUAUUCAGCAUUAAAAAUCAUAGCCAAAAAGAUAGUUUAUGGAGUAUAAUUAGUGGGAGCUUUUUAUUCACAAGUUUAUUGGUAUCGAACAUCUAUACAUACACUGUUUUCUGUACUGGAGACCUGAGUCCAGUAUGGUGUUCUAAUACAAUUCCAUCGCUAUUCCAAUACGCACAAGGAAACUACUGGAAUAAUGGAUUUUUAAGUUACUGGACAUCGAAUAAUAUCCCAAAUUUUUUAUUUGCAUUACCAACAAUAAGUAUCAGUAUGAUAAGUUUCAAGUUUUUUCUAAUUGAAUAUCCAAUGUUGAAGUUAUUACCCAUUCUAUUAGUGAACUCAGCCGUGUUAGUAGGAGGAAUAUUUUUUUGGAAUACCCAAAUACUAACAAGAAUCACAACUUUCUUACCAAUAAUUAAUUGGACCCUUAGUAUAAUGAUCCUUAAUUACGAUCGACAAUCUUAUUUCGUGAAAGGGUUUUUAUAUUACUUGAUAAUUUGGAAUAUAGUUCAUGUAACUUUAUUUGCAGCAUUUCUACCCCCAGCAUAA